AUGGGAUUCCACGAGCAGAGCGGUUCGGGGUACAGUGCCACCGAGGCGAGGAAGGCGACGGAACAGGUCGAGACGCCGAAACUCCAGAAUACGCUCCCGAAUGGAGACAGCAAGAGAAAGCGGAUUGUCGUGGUUGGGCUGGGAAUGGUUGGCAUUGCCUUCAUGUUAGUACCGAACUUGCUCAACCCUCAUGAUGUGGUCGAAAAGAUCAUGAAGCUGGAUGCGAGACGCCGCGAAUACGAUAUAGUCGUCAUCGGCGACGAGCCUCAUUUGGCAUACAAUCGCGUUGGCUUGACAUCAUUCUUCCAGCAUCGUGUGGUUGAGAACCUAUAUCUUAAUUCCAAAGAAUGGUAUUCAUCGAUGCCCGAGGGCUCGCUCACAUACCAUCUCAACACACUGGUGACAUCCAUCGACUCCGCCAAUAAAACAGUGACCACUGCCUUGGGGCAGACGGUUGAUUACGAUAUCCUCGUUCUGGCUACCGGAUCCAACGCUGUCCUGCCAAAACAUACCCCUGGUCAUGACGCAAAGGGAGUAUUCGUGUAUCGGACAAUAGGAGAUCUUCAAGACCUGAUAUCUUUUUCCGCAACGAAAAAGGGUACAGUCGGUGCUGUGGUUGGAGGUGGGUUGUUGGGUCUGGAGGCUGCAAAGGCUAUGAUCGACUUGGGCGAGUUCAACAAGGUCAAGCUCGUCGAGAGAAACCGUUGGGUCCUGUCGCGUCAGCUAGACAGCGAGGCUGGCUCAAUGGUUGUCGAACAGGUGAGGAAAUUGGGGCUUGAUGUGCUGUUAAGCAAGCGAGUGGGUCGGAUUGAGACCGAUGAGGAGCAUAACGUCACCGGGGUGACGUUUGAGGAUGGGGAGAAGAUGGAUUGCUCCUGCGUAUGCUUCGCUAUUGGUGUCCGACCACGCGAUGGUCUAGCCCAGAAAUCCGGCAUUCGCUGCACUGACCGCGGAGGCGGAAUCGUUGUCCACCCCGAUCUUUCAACCUCUGUUCCCGAUAUCUAUGCCAUUGGCGAAUGCGCCUCAUGGGAGAACCAGACGUUCGGAUUAAUCGCCCCUGGCGUUGAAAUGGCCGAUGUCCUCGCAUUCAACCUCACUCAAGCCAAAGCGCACGCGCCUCGCGCCUUCAAGCGACCGGAUCUAUCGACGAAGCUGAAACUGCUCGGCGUCGAGGUCGCAAGUUUUGGAGAUUUCUUCGCCGACCGCGAUGGACCUAAAGAACUCCCAAAGAAGCACGGAGCGAGCAAAGUUGUCAGAGAAGGUGUCAUUGACGCGAAAGAUCGCGUGAAGUCUCUUACAGAAGGUCCACCGCCACCUCCCGUCAAGGCGGUGACCUACAAGGAUCCUUUCCAGCAAGUGUACAAAAAGUACCUCUUCACCGUUGAUGGCAAAUACCUUCUUGGAGGGAUGAUGAUCGGCGACACCAGCGAUUACGUGAGAUUGGUUCCGUUCGUGAAGAACCAGAAACUGCUCGAGGUACCUCCAAGCGAAUUCAUCCUUGGAAAGAAAGGCGACGAGGACGCGGAUGACUUAGAACUAACGAUGCACUGGCCGGAUGACACCCAAAUAUGUUCUUGUCAUAACGUCACCAAAGGAGACGUCGUGAAGGUGGUCAAAGAUGGUACGUGCAAGAGCAUCGGAGACGUGAAGGCAUGCACCAAGGCAGGAACGGGAUGCGGUGGAUGCAUGCCACUCGUCCAGACCAUCUUCAACAAGACAAUGGAAUCCAUGGGCCAGGAAGUUAAGAACCAUCUCUGCCCACAUUUUGAAUACUCACGCGCGGAUCUUUUCAACAUCAUCUUUGUCAAGCAGCUUCAGAACUUCGAAGACAUCAUGAAACAUUGUGGGAAGGAGCCGGACUCUCUCGGUUGCGAAGCUUGCAAACCGACCAUCGGCUCCAUCAUUGCGAGCUUGUUCAACAAGCACCUUUUGGACGACCGACGUCGGGGCCUACAGGAAACCAACGAUCGGUUCCUGGCCAACAUUCAGCGCAACGGAACCUUCUCUGUUGUCCCUCGGCUCGCGGGAGGCGAGAUCACCCCCGAUAAGCUCAUCAUCAUCGGAACCGUCGCGAAGAAAUAUGGAUUAUACACGAAGAUUACCGGAGGACAGCGGAUAGAUAUGUUCGGGGCGAGGAAACAAGAUCUUGUCGAUAUCUGGACCGAGUUAAUCGAUGGUGGGAUGGAAUCAGGGCACGCGUAUGCCAAAUCUCUUCGAACGGUGAAGUCAUGUGUCGGUACGACGUGGUGUCGUUUCGGCAUCGGCGACAGCGUCGGCAUGGCUGUUCGACUCGAGGAGCGUUAUAAGAGUGUACGAGCGCCCCAUAAACUCAAAGGAGGUGUGUCUGGCUGCGUGCGAGAGUGUGCGGAGGCACAAAACAAGGACUUCGGGCUCAUUGCCACCGAGAAAGGUUUCAACAUCUUCGUUGGCGGGAACGGCGGCGCGAAACCACGGCACUCGGAAAUCCUGGCAACCGACGUUCCUCCAGACGAAGUCAUUCCGAUCCUCGACCGAUACCUUGCAUUCUACAUCCGCACGGCCGACAAGCUACAAAGAACGGCGAGGUGGAUCGAGAACUUACCAGGAGGCAUCAAGUAUCUCCGGGAAGUCAUCCUCAGUGACAAGCUCGGUAUCUGUGCGGAUUUGGAGAAACAAAUGGAGGACCUGGUCGCGUCGUACUUCUGCGAAUGGACCGAAGUGGUCAAAGAUCCUAAGCGACGGGAGCUGUUCAAGCAGUUUGCAAACACCGACGAACAACUUCUCGAUCCCAUCGACCCCGUCCAGGACCGGGACCAGCAUCGGCCCGCCCAUUGGCCCAAAGAAUCCGUCACCGAAGACUUCCGCAACCACAAGUGGAGCGACCUGGCAUGGCAGCCCCUCGUUGAGUCGGCCCGCUUCCGAGACACGGCAACGGGAGACUCGGCAGCGGUCAAGCGAGGAGACACCCAGCUCGCCGUGUUCAAGGUCCGAGGGAAAUACUACUGCACCCAGCAGAUGUGCCCUCAUAAGCGCGCCUUCGUCCUGUCCGACGGUCUCGUGGGCGAGGAUCUCGCGACCAACAAGCUCUGGGUCUCGUGUCCGUUGCACAAACGCAACUACGACCUGAAGGGCCCGCAGGCUGGCGCGUGCGCAACCGAUUCCGCGCUGAAUAUCGCCACCUUCCCCGUGGAGGAGCGUGACGAUGGGUGGGUAUAUGCCAAGCUGCCUCCGGUCGAUGAGCUGGACUCUGUGCUUGGGACGGAGAAAUGGAAGGUCAGGAAGGAGGAGACCGAGGGCGAUGGGCAGUUCAAGAAACUGGACGAGCGGCUGAGAGGACUAAAAGGGCGGAAAGGCAUCAAAGCAAGCGACUUGGAUGGCUGCAAUGGCGAAAAGAGGGCGGCUGCAGCGAUCUUGAAUGGCGAGCGGCGGGAGGUCGCCGAUACAUUGGACUUCUGA